AUGCCUAAGAAUAAAGGUAAAGGAGGUAAAAAUAGACGCAGAGGUAAGAAUGAAAAUGAGUCUGAGAAAAGAGAGCUGGUGUUCAAGGAGGAUGGCCAAGAAUAUGCACAAGUAAUCAAAAUGUUGGGGAAUGGACGAUUAGAAGCUAUGUGUUUCGAUGGUGUGAAAAGGUUAUGUCACAUCAGAGGAAAACUGAGGAAAAAGGUCUGGAUAAAUACCUCAGACAUCAUAUUGGUUGGACUCAGAGAUUAUCAGGAUAACAAGGCUGAUGUCAUUUUAAAAUACAAUGCGGAUGAAGCUAGAAGUCUGAAGGCAUAUGGCGAGCUUCCAGAACAUGCUAAAAUCAAUGAAACCGAUACAUUUGGCCCAGGAGAUGAUGAUGAAAUCCAGUUUGAUGACAUUGGUGAUGAUGAUGAGGACAUUGAUGAUAUCUAAACUGAACUCAACGUUCAACAUUCCAUUUCCUCUGAGGAUUGUCAUUCAGUUUGGAGUUUGGCCUGCUGUGGAAGAUUAAAAUCUCAUUAGCAUGAAUGCAAUUUGUUAAAGCAGACUGAUUUAUUUUUAAGGCAUUGGUGUUUUCUUUAAAAACAGGUAAUAUUGAUUAUCUUAUGUGAAAUAUUAAACAUUCUCUGUUCUUUUGGUGUAGUGGAGCUUAUGGAUAAAAGAC